GUUUCGAUUUCGUACAGACACCAACAAGAAUAACAAUGAAAGUUUUUGUUUUUGCCGCAAUCUUGGCUUAUGCUAGAGCUGGAGUUAUUAGCUCUUAUGCUUCUGCACCUUUAGCUUAUACAUCACCUGCUGUUCAUACUUAUGCUGCCCCUGCGAUUACUAAUGUAGCAUAUGCUAAAACGAUUGCUCCAGUUGCAUAUACAGCCCCAAUUGUUAAAACCCAAGCUGUACCUGUUGCUAAAACGAUCGUUAAUGAAGAAUACGACCCCAACCCACAAUACUCAUUUGGAUACGAUGUCCAAGAUGGACUUACAGGAGAUUCAAAAAGCCAAAGUGAAACUCGUAAUGGAGAUGUCGUCCAAGGAUCUUAUUCUUUAACCGAUCCAGAUGGUACAAGAAGAACCGUUGAUUACACCGCUGACCCCAUUCACGGAUUUAACGCAGUUGUACGCAAAGAACCUUUAGCUGUUGUUGCUAAAGUUGCAGCCCCAGUUGUAGCUAAAGCAGCUUACACCAAAGUAGCCGCUCCAGUCACUUAUUACCAUUGAUGUGAUUUAUUUUGUUAAGAUCUUAUUUAUUGCCUAAAUAAAAUGACUUUUUAAAUUUUA